AUGGUGGGCUGCUUGGGAAAUCUCUAUGAAAGCGUUGAGAAUUUGAACGAUACGUAUAUAUUACAGGGCAAGAACAAGGAGAUAUUCUUGAAACCAAAGGCUCCGAAUGCAUUUUAUUCUGUGCCUUUAGCACUGCUCACUGAUAAACCAACUGACAAAACCUGCUAUAUAUGUGAUCACUGUAGUGCCAAUUAUCAAUCCAUUUUUACAGAUGAUCCAAAUAAACCUUGCCAAAGAUGCUCCAGAGCAAUGACCAGAGCUCUUAGUUAUGUUGCUCCUCCACAAAAGAAAGAUGGGCCAAAUGAAGGUUUUGUGAAAGAUGCAGUGACUUACAUGGUAAUGGAUGAUCUGGUUGUAAAGCCUUUGUCGACUGUAUCCAGCGUUGCUUUGCUUAACGAAAAUAAUGUUAAGGAAUUGGCUACACUCCAAGAAAAGGAUGUACAGUUUGGGAUGAAUGAGGCUGUGAAGCUUUUGAAGGCAUCUCUACAUGCAAGCAAUGUUCUAACCAUUGUUUUCCUGAAUGAUGAAUGUGACUACCAGAAUGUUCCUAUUUCCACAAAAGUUGAAGAUUGA